UCGAAACGCGUUGCAAGUUGCUCGCCUGUCGUACCGUAAAAACAAAAUUUAUAGUUUUAGUGUUAACUUAUAAAAAAGUGUUCAAAUUAAAUGUAAGCAAACCUCUGAGAACCGAUUAACACAAAUACGGAACUUAUACACACGCGUGCCACUGUGAGUAAUCGGCAAUCGAACUAAUUAGCACCGACGUUGGGACCCGCCAGUUUAGUUUAUAGCUAAAUUGCGGAGUAAAGCAGGCCUGUCGACUCUCGGUGAUCGUGUGCGUAGUACUUAUAAGCAGCAGGAAUUGAACACCACGAGUAUGUCGAAUCAGCUAGGAGAUGCAAAAAAGAAGUUGAACGUCGCUAUCGUUGGCGGUGGACUUGUUGGAUCUCUUGAGGCACUUUACCUAGCUAAAAGAGGACACCGAGUAAGCCUAUAUGAGUACCGUGAUGAUAUUAGAAACACUCCCCUUGCCAGGGGUCGGUCGAUCAAUUUGGCACUGUCGAUACGUGGUAGACGAGCGUUGAAGGACGUUGGUCUUGAAGAUCUUAUGAUCAACCAGCAUGGGAUUCCCAUGAGAGCCAGGAUGAUCCAUCGUCCUGAUGGUACAACAUAUGCGAUGCCUUACGAUCCCAGAACUAAUCAGUGCAUUUAUUCCGUGGGUAGAAAUUAUCUAAACAGCAUUUUGUUAAAAGAAUCAGAAAAUUUGGACAAUGUCGAGAGGUAUUUCAAUCACAAGCUGGUCAAGUCAAACUUCAAGGAUGGAUCAUUAACAUUUAUGAAAAUGGACACAAAAGAGUCGCUUCAAGUGAAUGCAGAUUUGAUUAUUGGUGCUGAUGGCGCAUUUUCAACUGUUCGUAAGGAAAUGAUGAAACAACCACUAUUUAACUUUAGCCAGCAAUACAUAGAGCAUGGGUAUUUGGAGCUUUGCAUACCUGCCGAUAAAGAUGGUGGGUUUCAGAUGCCACCAAAUUAUUUGCAUAUUUGGCCCAGAGGAAAUUUUAUGAUGAUUGCACUUCCAAAUCAAGACUGUUCGUGGACCGUAACACUCUUUAUGCCAUUUAAAAAUUUCAAGGAAAUUAAUUCCGAAGGGAAACUCUUGGACUUUUUCAAGAAAUAUUUUCAAGAUUCAAUACCGCUUAUAGGAGAGAAGAAGUUGAUUGAAGAUUUCUUUGGUGGGUCACCAUCCGCAUUGGUGGCUGUUAAGUGCCGCCCAUACCACGUCUGUGAUAAGGCCCUUCUUAUUGGCGAUGCAGCACAUGCCGUUGUUCCUUUCUACGGUCAAGGGAUGAAUGCUGGCUUCGAAGACUGCACAGUAUUAGACAAUCUCUUCCAGAAAUAUGAUGAUGAUGUUGCUAGCGUACUGGAAGAGUUUUCCAAUGCAAGAUGGCGUGAUGCUUUCGCAGUCAGUGAUUUAGCCAUGUACAAUUAUAUCGAGAUGCGCGACCUUGUCAAUCGUCCAUCGUACCGGCUACGCAAAUCUGUGGAUGAUUUCUUAUACUGGUUGCUGCCCGAUAUUUGGGUUCCCCUCUACAACUCAGUCACAUUUUCAACAAUGCCUUAUGACCAGUGUGUAAGAAAUCGGCAAUGGCAAAAUAAGGUACUUGCCAUCUCAAUAUUAUGCCUUGGAAUGUUUUUGUUUAUUAUACUUUUCUAUUAUAGAAGGAGCUAUGCUUAAAUACUUCUUAUUAAGUUGAGUAUUUGGGUUAAAACCAUCGCGUAAAGAAGUGCUUUUUUUCAAAUUAACAAUUUAUUUGGUAUCACUUGACAUCCUAAAAAAAUAAGGAUUAAAAUACUUCUUUAAGGAAAGGUAGUAAGCCAUCUGAUCUUGCUUUAACUGUCAAAUUGUAAUAACUUUUUUUAAUUAUUACUUUUAAUAUUACUAAGAGUGUAAGGAAUUCUAGUUUCCACUAGAUCAUACUUUCCUCUGCAAAGACCUGAAGGGCUAGCAUGCGUGCCAAUAUAUCAUUAUCUCUACCCGUUUAUCGUAUUACUGUUUAGAGAGGGGAGAUCAUUUGUAGACAUAAUUUUCACGUCACGCGCAUAGCAUCGAGCUAGCCCUACUGGACUGCCAAAGAGUAAACAAAUGUAUGCAUAUAUUAUAAUUAUAUAAAAUAUAUACACUUAUCUACUCUCAGUUUAAUCAUCGUCGAAGCUAUGAGACCAUUGACUUAAAUAAUAUUAUAUUAAAGUGUUAUAUUAAACCCUAGUAAAAUAAUAUAUUUUAAUUUAUCUUCCACUAUUUACGACAUUUUUGUCAUGAUAAGUAUAAUACAUAAUUAGUUGAUUGACUUUCCUGCGUAAUUAAUAUUGUACAGUGCUUCAGUUAUGUAGGAUGAAUGUCUAGUUUAAGAAUUUUUAAGUUUUUAAUAAUAAUAUAGAUUUAUUUAAACGUUAA